GGACCGCCCCCUUCCUCCCUUGGCCCGGCGUGUUGUGAGGGACAGUGUGAGGGAGAGGGCGCGAGCCGGCGGGCAAGCUCUGUGAGUGCGAGAGGCGGGGCCCGCGGCGGCCGGGCCGGGGUUGCGUGUGCGCGUGGCGGUGCGAACGAGUGCGCGUCGCGACCCGCCAGCCGUCUCGAGCCGAGGACCUGGGGAACGACGACCGCCAGUCGCCGAGGGGCACUGGGCCCGCGCGCGCGCACGCACGCACGCACGCGGGGGCGGGGGCAGGCGCGCGCCCGCCUGUCGCGACUGUCGGGGCCGAGGCCCAGGGGGAGGUGGCCUGUCGCGGGUCGCCCGGCUCCCGGAGGCGAGGGGGGCGCGGGCGGAUGGCGGAAGGCGCCCAGCCGCAGCAGCCGCUUCAGCUCGGGCCCGGCGCCGCUGCCCGGGGGAUGAAGCGGGAGUCGGAGCUGGAGCUGCCGGUGCCCGGAGGCGGGGGAGACGGAGCCGAGCCCGGCCUGAGCAAGCGGCCGCGCACCGAGGAGGCGGAGGCCGCCGACGACGACGGCGGCGGGAUGCAGAACGAGCCUCUGACCCCAGGCUAUCAUGGAUUCCCAGCACGGGACAGCCAGGGUAACCAGGAGCCAGCAACAACUCCUGACGCAAUGGUCCAGCCUUUCACCACCAUCCCGUUCCCACCGCCCCCGCAGAACGGAAUUCCCGCAGAGUACGGCGUGCCACACACUCAGGACUACGCCGGCCAGACCAGUGAGCAUAACCUGACCCUCUACGGAAGCACGCAGUCCCACGGGGAGCAGAGCAGCAACUCGCCCAGCGCACAGAACGGAUCUCUCACGCAGACAGAAGGAGGAGCACAGACAGAUGGCCAGCAGUCACAGACGCAAAGUAGUGAAAAUUCAGAGAGUAAAUCCACCCCCAAACGGCUGCACGUCUCUAAUAUUCCUUUCCGCUUCCGGGACCCCGACCUCCGGCAGAUGUUUGGGCAGUUUGGCAAAAUCCUAGAUGUAGAAAUAAUCUUUAAUGAACGCGGCUCUAAGGGAUUCGGGUUCGUAACUUUCGAGAAUAGUGCUGAUGCAGACAGGGCCAGGGAGAAAUUACACGGCACCGUGGUAGAGGGCCGUAAAAUCGAGGUGAAUAAUGCUACAGCACGUGUAAUGACCAACAAGAAGAUGGUCACACCGUAUGCAAAUGGUUGGAAAUUGAGCCCAGUAGUUGGAGCUGUUUAUGGGCCCGAGUUAUAUGCAGCAUCCAGCUUCCAAGCAGAUGUGUCCCUAGGCAACGAUGCAGCGGUGCCCCUGUCGGGAAGAGGGGGCAUUAACACUUACAUUCCCUUAAUCAGUCUCCCUUUAGUUCCUGGCUUUCCUUACCCAACUGCAGCCACCACGGCGGCCGCUUUCAGAGGAGCCCACCUGAGGGGCAGGGGGCGGACGGUGUAUGGUGCAGUCCGAGCGGUACCUCCAACAGCCAUUCCCGCCUAUCCAGGAAUAGUCUUACAGGAACCAAUCAUUAGCGCUAAAAUACCUCAGGGCGGAUACGCAGCCUAUAGGUAUGCACAGCCUGCCACUGCAACCGCAGCCACCGCUGCUGCGGCCGCCGCUGCCGCCUACAGCGACGGUUAUGGCAGGGUGUACACAGCUGACCCCUAUCAUGCCCUGGCCCCUGCCGCUAGCUAUGGAGUUGGCGCUGUGGCGAGUUUAUACCGAGGUGGCUACAGCCGAUUUGCCCCCUACUGAAGUGACGUGAGACCCCUGCAAAUGGGACAGCCCCCAGUUCAUGAGGCCUGGCUAUUGCAAUAUUUACUAGUAGAGGAACUCUAUAGCAAGAUGAAGAGGAAAAACAAACAAACAAAACAAAACAAAAAAAAACACAAAAAAAGAGAGAAUACUUUUUUAUACCUCACUAUGUUCUUUGAAUAUGUAUUUUUCCUUUAAAUUUCUGCCUUUAAUUCUUUUGUUCCAAAGAUUGUGCAUUUUUUCUUUUUUUUUUUUCUUUUUUUUUUUUUUAACUGUGGUAAAAAAAAAAAAUGCAUUUCCAUGUCUGUAUGUCCGUGCUUAGCUUAUUCUGUCAAUCACGGAAGAGGCAGUUAAUGACGGAGGAGAGACGGUAGGAGCUGAGGAGCGCAUCUGAUCAGAAAUCAGCAGACAGAGUUACCAAAGUGCGUCUGGCGCUGCACGGCGGGGGCACGGGCAGAAGUGGAAGAGAUCUUUCUGCGACAGGAUGUUCUUCCAGUCUUCUGAGUUUCCGGUCUUUGGCAGGCAGUUCUGAUCGGCUGUGGCUGGAAUCCACACGCCGAUAAGAUGAUAGGAAUGUGUGCUUGCAAAGCAGGAGAAUUAAAAAGACACUUUCCUCUCCUCUUCCCUCCUGUCUUCUCCAUUCUUUUUACAAUCAUCUUAAAACGCACAGCCUGAGAGAGUUGGCGUAGUUUUUGGAAUUAUAGUAUUCAUAUUUCCAAACAUGCUCUCAGACUGUGGAUAAUAAACACCUCGUUAGGAAACCAAUCUCAGAAUGAACUCUGGAGUAUGAAAAAGAUUCUUUUCUUUCUUGCCAUCCUAGCAUUCCUGCCGGGCUUCUUCCCUUCUAAUUGAACCACAGCUUAGCCCAUCCAUCGUUUUAUUAACACCCUGCUCCCAUGUCCUCAAGAUUCAGGGAUUUAGGGCCCAGGGACAGAAGAACAACCACAGAGCCAGUGGCCAGAUGUCCUCCCACGUGUGGCUUGAGGAUGAAGGACAAAUUGUCGAGAGCCAGUGCAGAGGGUAAAGGAAAGAAAAAGGAUAUUAGGCACUCUGAUCUCCCCGAUAUCUCUCUCUCUCUCACCAGAAAGUCAGUACAAAGCAUAAGACAUAUUAAUAAAGACUCUUGGCACAAGAUAAAGUGCCGAGUCCUAGGCAGCUGUCCCUGGCCGUGCGGUCGCCCGGGCGUGCGAGGGCAGGCAGAGGCACUUUGUACCAGCUCCAAAGCCAUAGGAAUUCUCGUCGUCCCGAGCCUUUGUGAGUCACUUCUCUCCCCGGUCUUGAGCCCUCGUGGCCACCCCGCCCACCUUCUCCUCUCCUCCAAAGACACCCCGUGAGCUCCUGGACCGCUUGGUGCGCACGAACGCUGCGGGACGUGAAGUGCAGAGGGGCGGAGGCGGCGUGGCAGCAAGUCACUGCUCUUGCUCCCUGGCUUCAACUUCGCGUGUGUGACCAAGGUAGGGGAGGAGGCGUUUCUCUCCCAGCUCUUGGCUGUUGAUGGUAAAGGCAAGGGUCCUGUAGCAGUUCCCAAGUGAGGGCGUUAGGAAAUAGGAAAAGCACGGUCUGUUUGGCUCCCUGGUCUGUUCACAUUGGUACUCGGGUGACCUUUCACCCAAGGGAGAGCUGGUCAAGGGCGCAGUUCAGAGACACGGACCUUUGGGUGUGCCUCGGGUUUGGUCUGGGUCUGUUUUCCCACUCCUGCCUCCGCACGUUCUCGGCGGGCUCCUGAUGCAUGCAUGUCUCUGAGUUCAGGCGGCGUGUCGCAUGUAACACGCAGGCCUCCCCCUCGGAACCUGUCUCUGCUGGUAACGGGAGGUGCCAGCCCUGAGGCUGGGAACGGCGAGGGUGCUGGAGGCCGCGGUGCAGUUCUCGUUGAUCGUGGAGAGAAAUGCGUAAGACGGGGGUACCCCACUGCCCAGCCCACUGGCCACGUUUUAAGGGUUCCCCUCCCCAAGCCAAAGUUUGGUUUGUUGCUGUUAAGACAAUUUUUGUUGUAUGUAUAUAAAUAUUUUAGUUGGGGGUGGGGGAGUGGGGCUUUCACAGUUCAGAAUGGGGGCAGGGAGGAAUUUUUCUUUUUUCUUUUUCUUUUUUUUUUGUUUUUGUUUUUGUUUUGAGGGAGAGCUUUUACUGACUAUAAAAAACUGAUGGAAAUUUUGUGUCGUGUUCAAAGAGGGGCCGUUCUCACAAAAUGGCAGGGCACUCCUGGGUGGGGACAGGGCCACGUUCUAGACCGUCGUGCCCGCAGCGGGGAGGAGAGCGAGGCGGUGAGUUCGAGAGUCUUCCCUUCUUCUCUGCAGGAAGCGACGAGGGUGGUGGGAAGGGGGGAGAAGGCGGCUUCCACACCCCUUUAGAGGAGGCAGAAGCUUGAGCUUGAGGCACCUCUUGUGCGUUUCCGUUCCGCUGGUUCUGGCUGAGGGUCCGGGGGCAAACGCCGUGCGUCCCGGUGGGCUUCCGCUGCACUGGCGGGUGCCGGGAGGACUGCGCCCUCCGGCUCCCUUUCCUGGGAAGGACAAAACAGAGUUCCGCGCCUCCCUGAAGGGCCUUCGGUUUCCCGCGUCGGCACUGAGAACCGGGGCUCUUGGAAGGCCCUGGAUUGACGGUGUCCACCUCCCCUCUACCUUGAGCGUUGAGGCUCUGUCAGGGGCAGGUUCCUCAGAGCGUCAGUGCUCGUGGGUUCCUGACUCGGGUUCCCACUGGACUAAGCCACAGUCAGGAGAGAGUCAGGCAUCUUGUGAGUUUGUCAGAGGGCGCCGGGCGAGAAUUCCGAAACGCUUACCGGUGGCGAACCGCAGCGCAGGAAUGAUUCCAGCAGCUCUCUGUAGCUCCUCGUGCGAACUCUCUGUGCUGAGAACCUUACUCGUAGAUAGAAGCUGGGCUCCUUCAAGGAGACUGGAGUGGAAACCUUUAUCUGAAUUUGCCUCUUUCAGCCCAGACAGCGGCCCUUAGGUCUCUCCCAGAAUCCCUGGUGUUACACAGUGCGGCCCUGUUAACCCGGAUCAGCCACGGUGACCCCUGGUUCUUCAGGCACUCGGGUCUACAGGACCCGCCCUCACCACGACCCAUCAACAGCCACGGUCAGAAUCAGGCUGCUUUCACUUUUCCUUGAAAAAGAAGGGGGCUGGGGCUGAACUCUUAGUCUGAGGGGAGCUAGUGGAGAUCUCUUUCUUAGAAAUGAGUGAUAGCGCUAGCUUCUGCUCAAAAGUGCAACUCCUCAGGGGCUGAAACUGCUCUUAGUUUAGGUUACACUUUCCUAGAGAUACAGCAGAUGAGUCCGUGAAUCGCCAUCACCCCAAGACUAGGCACGCAGCUUCCAGACGGGAGGGAGGUGGAGGCCGGGGACGGAAGCAGCUCCAAGGGUCUGCACGGGAAGGGCUCGAUCCCUCCCUCUUCCCUCCGGCAGGAGAGCGGGCGAGGGAGCGAGGGGGCGGCAGUCUGGAAGGCACUAGGUGUGUGAGGAGGGAAAUGGGGCACCAGACCCUCCCCUUCCUCGAGUCCAGCCACUUCUCUGCUGCUUGCAGCCCUCUGGCACAGCAACACGUGCAGAAUGGCAGGCUCCCCCCCCCCGCCCCAGGUACCAGGAGGAAAGGGACUUCGGGGGGUGGGCAAGGAUUAGUGGGGUUUUAAAGGCAUAUGUUACCUGUUUGCACUGUUUUAAGGUAGGAAGAAUAUAGUGGGCAAGGCAACCAUCAAGCGUGAAUUUGUGUUUUUGCUUUGUCAUGCUCUUGAACAUGUCUGACCAUCCGUAGUGCAUACCCACCUGUGAGACCUGAUUCUCUGUUGCAUAAAACACGUUUUUUUAAAUGUGACUAUCUAAAAGCCUCUUCCCUCCCUUCGCCCUCUCCUCUGUACUUCCUUCAUACUUGCUUCACUGAUCAACCAGGCAAUAGCCAUCCAAGAGCUAGAGCACGAAGCAGGGCCCCCGCCGGUCGGCUCUGGGUGUCCCGAGCCGGCGCAUGCUCUCUGGCCCAGUGAGUGUGGUGGAGUCCCUGGGGCCUGACUGGGAAACGAGACCUGCAGAGCAGGCUGCGGUGGGUUCCCAAAUCCCUGGACCGCACGAGGAGCCGGGGCGGGGAGCAGUCCUGGAGUGUGGCGGCUGGCUGUAGCGGCUGAGUUCUCGUCCACGUUGCCGGCACUGUAGCCAGUUACAGUUUACUCAGGAAAACGGUCGAUCACUUCAGCCAUGGUAGUGCUGGUUGGCAGGGAUUGGUAACGGAGGGGACUGCUCGUCAGCCAACACUCACACCUUGCCUUUAAGGAGGCCACCAGCGAGGGGCGCGGGCCUCCGGCUGGCGGCCACAUGCGUGCGUGCCGGUGUGGCAGGAAGGGCUCCGCUCACGCCGGCAGGCAGGAAGGGAACCCCGGUUCUCUUUCCUCUCCCCACCCGUGCCCCCGUUACCGACACCAGACUCCCAGGGGGCCAUGAGUUUCUGGGUUUUUUAAAGCUGUUUUUUGGUUUGGUUUUCCCCGGGGCCUGCGUGCUUUAAGCGCUGCCUAGACCCCACCGAGACCCUGAGCGCGGUUGUUUCCUUGUAUUUUUCUGUUCACAGUAUUUGUGUGUGUGUGUGCUUGUUUUGGCAGCUCGUUUCGGCUGUAUUAUAUAUCGAGUGAUGAAUUGAUCCACUUUUCCCCCUAAGGGAUAUGAGUUGUUUUUCUUGUGUUACGAUUCUGCUUGUGAAAGGCUGGAGCAAGCCUGGGGCCGGCCCACGGGAGCGAGGCCUGGGGAGCGUGAGAGCCGGGGCGCACGCUGCCCCCCACAGGCCCGCCCGCCUGCGUCUCGGGCCCUUCGGCCCAAACCUUUGCAAGGCUGAAAACGCCACAGAACUUCUCCUCCUCUCCCCCCGCCCCGCCACCUCCCCCCACAUGGCAGGGACUGAACCACCCCUACAUGCAGCAGGCAGUCUCUCCGGCCCCUCCCGUUGCCAUGGCAGACACAGGUACCUUCGGGGCGUGGGGGCAUCACAUGGGAUGCUUAUAUAAUUGACCGCCUCGCCUUCUCUCCCUCCCCGCUCCCCGGAACCACUUUCUGGGACCCCCGAGCUGCUUGCCCAGGGUCCUGUUUCCCUGCCAGCUCCAGAGAAGCACCCCAGGGCUUUGCGACAGUCUCCGGUCCCCACCCCCACCCCUCGUUAAGAAUCAUAUUGUAUAGUAGCUUUCAGACCGUACAGUAUUCAUUGGGUUACUCCUAUUAUUAUCAAGUAGCUGGAAUUGUGAAGGUCGGAGUAGUUAGAUCUUUAGCUUUUAUUCCUUAUUUUUUUGUAUUACUAUCCAUGUGUAUAAAUUAUUGAUCAUGUUGCUGGCUUUUAUAAACUCUAAGCAAAGGGAGAGCUCCGCCUCUGCCUUUGCCAAUGGUAAUGAAGCACUGUUUUUAAAUAAAAGAGAGAAACACCGUC